AUGCCGCCGUGCAUCACAACCGGCACAACCUGGGCCAUCUGCGGUCAUUCAAUCUAUCAGCACCAGCCGAGUUGCAAGCGUACCAGCAGCCGCUGUACCAAGAGAUCCACCAUCCAGCCAGGCCUUUGCCCGAGUUGCACCCAGUUAGACUUCUACUCCUCUGCAGCCCCACCCCAGCUUCCAAGCUUGGCAAAAGCGAGUGAUUCCGAGCCCAUGACACCCGUUAAGAUCAAGAAAGAGCCAGUAGACGAAAAUGAGAACCGUGCGUUGGUCAAGAUGGAACCACCCAUGGACCCGGACGAGUACUUGAGGUCGGAGUAUGAGAAGCAUAAGAAGGCACUCGCGGAGAGGGCUCUCGUCGGGAAGUUUGGUAACGCAAAUGCAAGCAGCGAAGGUAGUGGAGUCAAUGCGGACAGUAGAGGCAAUGGACUCCUCGGUAGAGAGAUCAAGGAGGAGGAGAACGGAAAGGAAUUUUCUUUUGAACUCCACAUCAAACAACUCGAGGCGAAGCUGGAGCAGGCUGAACUCAGAGAAGCCGAGAAGAAUGUUGAGAUUGGAAAUCUACAGGCUCAGGUUGGCAUGUUGCGAGAUCCGCCAACACAGCGCGGAUAUGCGAUGACGAUGUCUCCCGCUACGGUAUCAACGAGUAUGGACGAGCCUGCCAACAUGACUGAGAGUCCAUUCAAACAAGUUGUCAGACCUGAGGAGAGAGAGAUCCUGCUGCGCGCAAUGGAUGCGGAGAGGAUUCGUGUUAAUGAAGCCCAAGUUCUUGAUAAGAUUCAGCAGGAGAGAAAGCUCGCGCAGCAGCAGAUUGAGGUUCGCGAGCAAAUUCGCGCAAACAGAGCAGCAGCUGGUGGUCAAGCACAAGUCAGUGGACAAGGUCACGGCAACAGCCAAGUCCAAGCCAAUGCUCAACCGAAUCCACACAAAAACAAUGGUAAUGCUACCGCAAACAUCGAUUGGCGACUUCGGGCGGAGAGGGAGAAGGCUGAACAGCAACUCAGCCGUCAACAAAGCCAGGAGAAUGGAGGCCAAGAAUGCAACGGAAAUCCACACAAUGCCCAAGUACAGCUUGAUGCCCAAGCCCAAGCACAUGGUAACGAUCAAGUACAGGUCAGCGACCAGCAACGCCAAGUGACACCCGAGUUUGGAGGCAGUAAGGAGAAACUCUUGCACAUUGCAGCAAUCACGUUCACAGCACCAAUGGUCACCAAAGUCGCCAAUCUCAAGUCGGCUCUCGCUUCUUCCCGUUUGGAGGUAUGGUUCGACAAGCAAAUCAAAUACACCUUCGAGUGUGCUGGUGAGCCGGAUUUUGGCAAGAUGGUCAAGGGGUUCAGAGACUUCGUCGAUUUCGUUGGUGUUGAACUGCAGACUUCAGAGGAGAAGAUGGGCGAUAGGGAAGUUAUGGAGGCAUUGAAGAAGUGUGAGGAGUUCGUUCAAGUUGUUGUAGAUGUAGAAUACUUGCUCUCGGAGUGA